AUGUCGAUCAUCAAGCAACUCAUCGCGUGUCAAAUCAUUGAUGGACCAGAAAACUAUUCUAAAUUAGAGAAAAUUGGCUCGGGUACAUACGGUGUGGUCUACAAAGGACAAGACAAAAAAAACGGGCAAAUAGUGGCUUUGAAGAGAAUUCGACUUGAAACUGAAGAUGAAGGCGUGCCACCUACAGCUAUGCGAGAGAUCUCGGUUCUUAAAGAGACCAAGUGUCAGAAUAUUGUUCAGUUGAGUUUGAUUUUAGGACGUGACACACUUUUAGAUAUUGUAUAUGAGGAACAUAAACUUUAUCUGGUGUUCGAGUAUUUAGAUAUGGAUCUGAAACGUUAUUUAGAUUCUUUGCAUAAAAAUGCCUUUCUAAGCCCUGAUAUUGUGAAAAAAUUUAUGUAUCAGUUGCUUGAUGGUGUCGCUUAUUGUCACUCUCGUCGGAUUUUGCAUCGCGAUCUUAAGCCACAAAAUCUGUUGAUCGGAAAAGAUGGUAAUUUGAAACUUGCGGACUUUGGCCUUGCAAGAGCUUUCGGUGUCCCACUUCGACCAUUAACCCAUGAAGUCGUGACGCUAUGGUAUAGAGCACCUGAAAUCCUGCUUGGUUCGCGUCAAUAUUCUGUUCAUAUAGACAUUUGGAGCGUGGGAUGUAUCUUCGCAGAAAUGAUCCUUAAAACUCCUUUGUUUCCAGGUGAUUCUGAGAUAGAUGAAAUAUUCAAAAUAUUCCAAAAACUCGGGACUCCGGAUGAACAUAUGUGGCCUGGUGUUACCAGUUUACCUGAAUUCAAAACAAACUAUCCAGCUUGGUCUUCGCAGUCUUUGACAAAACAUAUUCCAUCCUUAAACGAGGAUGGCAUAGGUCUUCUUCAGCGAAUGUUACUUUAUGAUCCAGCUAAACGUAUCUCUGCAAAACAAGCCCUUACACAUCCAUAUUUUACUGGAUCCACAGGUCUAUACAGAGUAAAUUGA